UUAUUAAACGAUACGAAUACGAUUUGGUAUCGCGUAUCGUGAUCAAACUCGCCAUGGUAACGAAAUACACCCUUUUUUAUUCUUUCUCACCCCUAUUGUUCGUACGCUUUUUCCUAGGGUUUCUGAACGCAUUCACGUUUCAACGAUCAUUCGAUAUUUUAUUUUAUAACCUGUACAUAUCUGUAAAAAAAAAAAAAUUGACAUUUUCACGAGACUUUGAUAAAAAGAACAAGAAAAAAAGAUGUUAUUAUUUCCACGUUCAACCUUGGAGGAUCGAAAAGUUGCAGCUAGUAUCGAAAGAAGACGACAAAUAGAAGAAGAUAGGAAAUUGCGAAUCUUUAACCCUCGUUUCAGAAAGAUCGGAAUCGACAAGAAUUUCUUAGAUCGUCAAGUGGAAGAAAAGAGACAGCAACGCGAGGAAGAACGUGCGAAGGAAUGCCAACUGGACGAGAGUCUUGUUCGCAGCAGUAAAAUCGCUUUGCAAUUGGAAAAGGAACAGGCAGAGGAAAGACGACGUAUAAAUGAAGAAAUUCAAGCGUUUCGUAGACUGCAUCAAAGACGUGAAGAUCGUCGUGAUUAUGAUCUUUACGAUCCGGAUUCUUUGAAGACGUCAUUACCUUGCAGAGUUGGUGAUGAUGAUCCACGUUUAGGACUAGCCUCAGCACAAAGAUUUGAAGGCGAGGAUUACAACUUUCGAGAACAGGAUCGAAUGAAAAAAGAAGAAAUGCGUUGGUGGUUCGAAAAGCAAAAGAAGGAACGUGAAAUUGCGGAAAAGGAACGAGAGGAUGCUGAGAAAGCGUACCAGGAAGCCGUUGUCUCGAGGGACAAACGUGCAGUCGAGCUGGAAAACUUGGAACGAGAAUGUCGUCGAAGGUUAAACGAGGCCACUGCGAGUUUCAACAGAGCUUUGGCGGAGGAGCAAGAACAUAGACGAGUUUGUGAAGCCGCUCAAGAUGAGGAGGACAAGAAAGCGGAAAUCUACAAUCACGUGACCGGAGAUUUCCUGACAGAAGCCCCCGAGCAAGCGGAGAGCAGCCAUGGUCCGAAGAAACCGCUUGCAUCGCGUUACAAGGGCAUGACAGCAGAUCAACUCAAGGUUUUCAGAGACGAGCAAGUCAAACAAAUGGAGGAAAUCCAGAAAAUGAAAUUGGAAGAAAAACGAAUGAACGAGGAAUGGGAUAAAUUGAUGAACGCUCACGCUGAAACUGCCAAUGCCUAUCAGCGUGAACUGGAUCGAAAGAGGACGGAACUCAAUAAAAAGAUUGCCGAGGAAAAUUUGAAACUCGCCGAACAACAAAAAUCUUAUCAACAAUAUUUGAAUCGUGUUGUUUAUAAAAAUAAACAUUCUCAAGAAUUUUUUUUACAAUUCAACAAAGGUACUCGUUAA